UUCAAGAACGAGUUCUUUUCACGACUAAGUGUGCAUGACUCACAUGUCUCAUGUAGGUAUCAAAGGUCUCAAGUUGUCCUCAGAUUGUUCAGAUAACGUUUUCAUUCGUAUUCGAUCCGUCUGCCACAUCGCUCAAACCGAUAACUUCAUAUUCAUAACUGCAUAUUGCCAAAGCUUGGCGCCAUGAAGUUUGACAUCAUCAUAUUCGGGGCCUCGGGUUACACCGGGCAGUUUGUCGUGGAAUAUCUAGCCCGAGCCUUGGCCCAGGAUGGAGCCAAGCUCACCUGGGCUAUCUCGGGUCGCUCUGAGAGCAAGCUCAAGACCGUUUUAGAAGCUGCGUCCAAAACCACGGGCCUGGACCUUCACUCAAUCCCCGUAGUGGUAUGCGACGUCAAGGAAGCCUCGUCCUUGGCUCAAAUGGCCGCUCAAGCCCGAUUGGUCUUGAAUUGCGUGGGACCCUAUCGCUUCUACGGUGAACAAGUGGUCAAGGCUUGUGUUGAAGCCGCCACGCAUCACCUGGAUAUCAGCGGGGAACCCCAAUUCAUGGAGAAAAUGCAGCUCCAUUACCACGAGCCCGCCCAAGCUCAAGGCGUGUACGUCAUCAGCUCCUGCGGCUUUGACUCGAUUCCCUCUGAUCUGGGGCAAAUGUUCCUGACAUCGAAAAUGGAAGGCGAUGUCAAUGACAUCGAGACCUAUCUGAGCGUGACCACCCCGCCCAACGUGUCCGGACCCGUCAUUAAUUUCGGCACCUGGCAAUCGGCCAUCUACGGUCUAGCUAUGGCCCAUGAGCUCAAGCCCUUGCGCCAAAGCUUGUAUCCGGAACGAUUGCCGGCGCUCCAACCCAAAUUGAAGGCCCGACCGGCCUUGCACUUCAACGACGUGGUGCAAGGCUGGUGUCUGCCCUUCCUGGGCUCCGAUCGAUCCGUCAUGAUUCGCACCCAAAGGGCACGAUUCCAUCGGGAUAAGAAACGCCCCGCCCAAGUCGGCUGUUAUGUUCGCAUGUCUUCCCUGUUCUACGCCGUGUGCGCCAUCUUUGUGGGCGCCAUUUUUAGCGUCUUGGCCAAAAGCAGCUGGGGUCGUUAUCUGUUGGAAACGUAUCCCCGCUUUUGGUCCGCAGGGGCCGUCUCGAAAGAGGGUCCGUCUCAGGCCAUGACCGAGGAGACCAACUUUGAAAUGAAGCUGGUGGGGCGUGGCUGGCGGGAGAGCCAGUCGGAUCCCACGGCCAAUCCCAGUGGCACGCCCACGCGUCAGGUGACCGUGACGGUGAAAGGGAAGAAUGUGGGCUACGGUUCCACUUGUCAAUGUUUGGUUCAAUCGGCCUUGGUGUUGCUGAGCGAGGCGGAUCGGAUGCCGGGCCAAGGCGGCGUGUACCCACCGGGAUAUGCCUUUGCUCGCACCAGCUUAGUGGAUCGAUUGACCCAGAACCACGUGACCUUCGAGGCCGAAGUCGAAGACUUUUAGCUCGUCCCGAGUCUUUUAAUUACGAUAUGCCAACUGAUGAUGUCUGUUUUACCACCUAAUGAUCCGCUUGAAUGAACAUGAUGGCAAUCAAUAGUCCUUACCUUUUAA